CUUCACUUCUGUUUCCACUUUCCACCUCACCCCUCCUUCGCGCUCCAUUUCAGACCCGCGACUGCAGACAUCUUGUUGCCCUCCAGGCCCCCCGGAUGGACUCCUUCAGUCGGAACCCGCGAUAGAUGCUAGCCCGAGCGUCUCAGCCUGUGCGAACCCCCUUGCUUUCGACGGGUAUUGCCGCCCACUCCCAGCAGCCGGUGCAUGUUGCGAGUUGAACGAGUCCUGGACAUGUCGGACGUGUUGUCUUGCCAAACGCCCUAUCAGUACCCUACAGUCGCAUGUGCCUGACGACCCGACUCAAACCCCCCUCAAUCCCGGAGACUCUUGCGCUAGAUGCAAUUAUAUGACAUGCAACGUUGUUGAUACCUUUCGGUUGGAAUUCAGAACUCCCGGUCAACCUAACAUAGGGGUGCGCGUGCCCAACAUACCAUAAUGGCUGCACCAACAAACUCGAGUUCGCGCCCGCAAUUUUCGAAUCCGUGGAAGAAGCCACCGUCGAAGCUCAUAGAGCAACCGGAUCAUAUUCCUGAUAGCCGGAUCGCGCAUACGUUGACUGCUUGUACCCGGUGCCGACAGGUACGUGUGCCAUCAUGGCUCUUCCUGUCAUCCUCUUUCUCGCCUCCUUUCUUCCCCCACCCCUCUCCCCGUCAAGAUAAGUCCCGAAUUCUCAUCCCUAUACAGCGCAAGUCUAGAUGCGAUCCUGGGAUCCCAAGAUGCUCGCCAUGCGAGCGCAGCAACACCAAGUGCAUCUACUACGAUUCGGCUCGUAAAUGCACCAUUUCGAGAACAUACAUCGUUUCGCUCCGAGAGAAGGCUCGCAUGCUGGAGAGGGAACUUGCCGAAUUGGAUAAAGAGGUUCAACACGCCGCGGAUGCCGAACUCAUGGUGCGCGGAGCAGGCCGUAUUCGGUUCAAGGAGAACGACGAGUCGAGAUACCUAGGGCCGUCUAGUGGGAUCGCAAUUACUCGUCUGGUUAUGGAAAUGGCGAAACAGAACACGGACUCGAAAAGCAUCAAAGACGUCGUUCCUGAAAUGACCGCGCAGGAAAUCAAAGACGCCUUCGCAGAAGAAAGCUCGAAGCCAACGUCCAAAGUGUAUCCCAUGAUCAGCUCGAGGCCUCAGCCCAAUCUACCCUUAAAGCACAUGGUUUACAGGCUCAUCGAUGUAUUUGUAGUCAAGGCCCAGGCAAUGCUUCCGACUUUGCACGAGCCCACGUUCCGUCAGGAGGUCGAAGAUGUUUUCAACGGGUCCGAAGAUCCCUGUCAGAACUUUCAGCUACGGAUGGUCAUAGCCAUCAGCAUGCAAAAGAUGAGUCCUGCCUAUGCAGGCUUGGCGGACAGUUACUAUCUUGCGGCGCUACCAUUCCUGGAAGCCUCUUUGAAACGGAUGGACCUCAGAUCCCUACAAUGCCUCGCUUUGAUAGCCCAGUACUCGAUGCUAACUCCCACGAGAACGGCUGCAUAUUGGGUUGUUGGGAUAGCAGUCAAGCUAUGUCAAGACUUGGGGCUUACCGAUGAAGCGACUAUCACUCAGUCUCACAACGGCGAACCGUUGGACCCUUUGGAGAUCGAUAUGCGGAGAAGGCUUUUUUGGAUCGUCAUAUCCAUGGAAUAUGGCCUCUCCCAUAGUCUUGGUCGCCCAAAUUGUUAUUCCGUGUGCCAUGAUCAGAUCAACGUCAAAUUCUUCGAGCCCGUGGAAGAUAAAUACAUCACACGUGAUGGGAUCUCCCCGGAGGCGAGAAUAAUGCUACCCAAGUGCAUAGCCAUACAUUUCUUGAAAAUGCGACUCCUCCAAGCAGAGAUACGACGGACGCUUUAUUUGAAUAAACGUGACGUGCCGGUGGAUGACCAAGAUCCAUGGUUUUCGCAGAUGCUCCAAAAGAUCGACAACUGGGUGGCCUCUUGCCCGAAAAACGACGGAGGUAGCGGUUUGAGCGAAAAAUGGUUCUACGGAAGAAAAAACACAAUGAUUGUCUUCAUAUUUCGACCCUCUCCCCAGGUGCCAGAGCCUUCCGUUGGUGCAGCACGACAUUGCUAUGAUGCAUCAGUCUUCAACGUUGCAAUGCAAAGGGAACAGAUUGCGACGGGAUCUGUCGAUCUGACGUGGAUCUUCACGCAGUCUCUUUUCAUGGCCUUGAACACUAUUCUUUGGUCACUUUCAUACCCCGACAUCCGGAAGGAGCACCCUAUCGACGAAGUGAAAGGCCAUCUCAGCGUGGCAUUGGAGGGUAUUGUGCUUGCUGCACAAAGAUGGCCUGGUGUUGAAUCAGCGUUGGUCCUAUACAGGAGCCUGGUGGCCGCCUGUCUUCGGGCGUAUGCUACUGAAGAAUCUUUUGUUGUCCAUUCACCGUCCAAUCAUGCAACUCCGUCGUCCUCUCAGGAUGUCACCACUCCGGCAACCGUCGACAGCCCUGCAAGUACUACGGCGUCGUUCCCCUCGCAACAUGCCAGAGCCACCACCUCUUCAGUUCCCGAUAGCAGCAUAUCGACUGGCACGUUUUCGAGGGGACCUUCUGCAGAUCCACUCCCUUACCCACAUGGAUCUUCCUCGUCUUCUGUGGGCGUCGAGUCGCUGAAGGCAGCACAGCACCCAUCGUGGGACUCCCAACUCACCCCCGGGUCCGCCUCAAGCACCACGCAGCCCUCCUUUAGCUCUCCAUCUUACGAGGCACGGGGCCAUUCUUACUCCGAUUCGCCGUUCGAUCCAACCACCCCUUAUAAUCAAUUUCCCUCUGUCGUUCCAGGCUUACCAGGCUGGGAUCCGAAUUUCAGUCUGGCAUCUACGACUGCUAGCCAUCUGGCGUAUGUUGGCGCAGCCGUCGAUCCCAUGGGCUGGGUAGAUUCGAUCGGCGAUCAAUACUCGCAAUACUCCAACGGCGCAUAUCCGAUUCCGCCAUGGCGGGGCCGAACGCUCAGCCACCAAGAGCAGAUGGAGCUCAUGGAAACAUUGGAAGACAACAUCCCCGAUGUCUCCGCCCAGCUACUAGUCCAAGAGUCCGCCACAUUCUACCAGUCGUAGGAGGUUGGUCUUCGGCGUCCAUUGCCGAAGGGAGGGGGAUUGUUCAUGUUUCUGUGCGUUAUGUGCGAUGGAAUAUUUGUUUGGGUUCUUUUUUGGAGUAUUUUUGUUGGUUGGUUGCAUUAUCAUAUCUGUAUACCCCAAGGUUAUUGUGCUGGUGACCAGGUGUUUGGAGCAAACUCCCUCCCUUGGCAGCGGUCAGGGGAGGGGAACUUGAUCAGUCUAUGGAAGUGGCGGGCAGCUAGAUAGUAUCUAGCACCGGCAUACCAAUUGUAAUCUAUCUAUCCCUCUAU